UGAGUUAAAAUAAUAUUGUUAUUACGCACAGUCUUCUAUGUGCCAUUUUCUUGCUGCUUAAGAUGAAUUUUAAAAUAAAUAAAUAUAUUUGCCUUCUCAAACCUUAUCAACAUAUAUAAAAUAAAUAAAUAAAUAAAUAAAUAAUAGUUGAAUAGCAAUCGACAAUCUACAGCCGACCAUGCCCACCAAUACUCUUCAAGCAUUCACCGCCUUUUACGACGGCUGGCUUCUCCGGCACCACCACCUCCAACAACAACUUUUUGCCGCCGGCAAUGGCGAACACAACCAACCUCAAAAACUGGUCCAACAGGUCUCUGAUCAUUACCGCCAAUACUACCAAGAAAAAUCAGUCGCAACCGAACAAGACGUUUUCCUAAUCUGCUCUCCGCCAUGGCACACCUCCUUCGAGCAAGCAUUAUUCUGGGUCACCGAGUACCCGCCGUCGUUGCUCUUCCGAUUCCUUAAUGAUCUGGAUCUAACGACGGAUCAGGCGGAGAGGAUUGAAGCGGUGAGGGUGGAGACGGUGAGGAAGGAGCGGGAGAUCGGAGAGACGAUGGCAAUGGUACAGGAGAGUGCGGCGGCGGCGCCGUUGUAUGGGUUGGUGAAUCGGACGGGGACGUUGGUGGAUGGACAGGUGUCGGAGUUGGAUGACGCAAUGGAGGAAGUGAAGGAGGCGAUGCGGAUGGUGAUGGCGGAGGCGGACGGUUUACGGGGGAGGACGGUGGCGGAGAUUUUGGAGGGUUUGGAGGUGAUGCAGAAGGUGAAGUUUUUCGCUGCCGUUGGUGAAUUCCGGAUUCGAGCUAGACGGGUCGGGUUAGAAAUGGAUAGGGCGGGUCGGGUUAGAAAUUGAUAUGUUUGGUUUAAUAAUGUCAUAAUCUUUUUUUCAUUUGUAUUUUUGUUAUUCAAUCAUGUUUUGUUCUUGCGCCGUUUA